GACUUUUCUUAUUUUGAGGUUAUUUUCCUCAUGUGUUUUUCUCCUGUUGAUAGUGAUAGACGUUUUGUUAUUUAAUACACAAAUUUUAUAAAUUACGAACCUAUUUACCAUGGCAAAAAGUUUAAGGAGUAAAUGGAGAAGGAAAAUGCGCGCCGUCAAACGCGAGAGGUACAGUAAAAAAGAGUUGGUGCGUUUGAAGAAAACCCUAGGGAUCGAGGAUACUGCGGAGGCUUCCUCUUCUAGUAAACCAGACGCCGAAAUGUCGGAGAUAAUCAAUUUCACUACCGUUGAGGAAAUUAAACAGAAACGAAAGGAAAAAGAAGAGAAAGACAUAAUGGAUGAGAGUACGAUAGAAGAUAUAAAGAAAUUCAAUCCGAAGACUUUGAGAAACGAAAACGGGGCUUACCCGGUUUGGGUGCAUCCCAGGAAGAUCAGGAAAUGCAAGAAGACUAAGGAAAAGACCAAGAAAAAGUCGAAGGGGAAAGUUAAUAAAGUUACGAAAGAAUAAAUGAAACAAUUUGUUGUUAUAAACUUAGAAUUAAGUACGUUUUGUUACUUAUCUUGUAAUAUAUUUAAUUUAAGUGUG